UCGCCCCCCUCUCUCUCUGUGAUUCUGUGAAGUGCGCAGCAACAAUCUCCAGCAUGGAUUAGUCGCAACGUUUAAUUUAAACUACUUGCUCUGAAUUCUGCAUCACAUUUCCACCAGAUAGACUCUAUAUUGCUAUAGAAUAUUAUUACUCCGAGGCACAGCAUAACGCAGUACAGACUAUUAGUAUUAUUAGCGUGGGAAAAAGAAGGAGAAUGGACACCCAGGGUCCCCAGACUAAGAAGGCCCAGAAGAACUCAGUGGCGUGGCGGAGGAGGGUCAAGUCCGAGUACAUGCGACUUCGACAGCUCAAACGCUUCAGGAAAGCAGAAAAAGUCAAAUUCCAGUUCCUGGCAAAUCGCAACAAGAUCCAGGAGAAGACGGAGAUGUUGAAUGAAGAGUGGAAGAAACUGAGGAUUCAGCCCAUCCCUGCCACCCCCUGCAUAGGCCAGCUCAGCACCAAAAAGUGCGUAGUGGAGUACGGCUUUCCUGAAUUCAAGAGUCAGACCGUCAUGAUGAGAACCUUAAACACAGUGGCAGGGGUGCCCUUUAUGCAUUCCUGGUCUCCCCUGCAGCAGAACUUCAUGGUGGAAGAUGAAACUUUCCUGCACAACAUUCCAUACAUGGGGGAUGAGGUGUUUGAACAAGACGAGGCCUUUCUUGAAGAGCUUAUUGAUAACUACGAUGGUGUGCAUGGGGACAGAGAGGGCAAGUUCAUCGACGAUGAGAUCUUCGUGGAGCUGGUGGACGUUUUGAGCAAGUACGUGGACGAGGAAGGGGAGGAGAAGGAAGAUGGACAAGAGGGGGAUGCAGAGGAGGUGGAGGAGGAGGAAGAGGAGACAGAGACUGUGAAGGAGGAGCCUGAGUCUGAGGAGACGCCCCUCAUCACAGGGAAGAGGAAGACUGUCACAAAGAGAUGUGAACAGCCGCCAUCCAACAGGAUCCCACAUGACAAGAUCUUCAAAGCCAUUGCCUCGAUGUUUCCAGACAAGGGGACAACUGAAGAACUAAAGGAAAAGUACAAAGAGCUGACAGAGUCCCCCAGUCCCGUCAAGCUGCCGCCCCAGUGCACCCCCAGCAUGGACGGGCCGGGUGCCCAGUCAGUGCAGAGGGAGCAGUCCCUCCACUCCUUCCACACCCUCUUCUGCAGACGAUGCUUCAAAUAUGACUGCUUCCUCCACCGUAAGAGCCCUGAGCCAGGCCGAUCUUGCAGGAGUCGACUGUGUAGCCCUUUGCUGUCAUUCCACGCCACUCCGAAUGUCUACAAAAGGAAAAUCAAAGAGAUUCGUAUUGAGACAGAGCCAUGUGGGCUGGACUGCUUUAUGUUGCUAAAAGGAGCCAAGGAGUUUGCGGAUCAGAACAUGGUGAAAUCUCAGCGGCCGCGGCGACGCCAGAGACGACACAAGCAGCCCAGCUCGUCCGCUUCCACCCCCGGGGAGGGAAAAGAAGGAGACAGCGACCGCGAGACCACCAGCUCGUCGGAGGGGAACUCUCGCUGCCAGACUCCAAUCAAGCUGAAACAGAGUUCUGAGCAGCCAGACAGUGUGGAGGCGGUGCAGUGGAACGGAGCUGAGGAGUCCCUCUUCAGAGUGCUCCAGGGUACUUACUACAACAACUUCUGCUCCAUAGCCAGGCUCAUCGGCACCAAGACAUGCAGACAGGUGUAUGAUUUUGCUGUGAAAGAAGCACUUAUACUUCGGGUUCCAGUGGAAGAUGGAGGGAUAUCACCACAGAAGAAGAAGAGAAAACACAGGCUGUGGGCAGCGCACUGCAGGAAGAUUCAGCUCAAGAAAGAUAAUUCAUCCAAUCAAGUGUACAACUACCAACCAUGUGACCACCCAGAGCACCCAUGUGACAGCUCCUGUCCCUGUGUGAUGACACAGAACUUCUGUGAGAAGUUUUGCCAGUGUAACCCUGAAUGUCAGAACCGCUUCCCUGGCUGUCGUUGUAAAACCCAGUGCAACACCAAGCAGUGCCCGUGCUACCUGGCAGUGCGAGAGUGUGACCCGGACCUCUGCCAGACCUGUGGGGCAGCCGACCACUGGGACAGCAAGAACGUGUCCUGCAAGAACUGCAGCAUCCAGCGCGGCCUCAAGAAGCACCUGUUGCUAGCGCCUUCCGACGUCGCUGGAUGGGGCACCUUCAUCAAAGACCCAGUCCAAAAGAACGAGUUCAUCUCCGAGUACUGUGGAGAGGUGAUCUCCCAGGACGAGGCUGAUCGGCGCGGGAGGAUCUACGAUAAAUACCUGUCCAGCUUCCUGUUCAAUCUCAAUAACGACUUCGUUGUGGAUGCAACUCGCAAAGGAAAUAAAAUUCGUUUUGCGAAUCACUCCGUGAACCCGAACUGCUACGCUAAAGUGGUGAUGGUGAAUGGAGACCAUCGGAUAGGGAUCUUUGCCAAAAGAGCCAUUCAAAAGGGAGAAGAGCUCUUCUUUGACUACAGGCAGAAAAGUGGAGGUAUCUCCAACUCAGGCUUUGUUUAAAAGAAGCACUGGGGAAAGAAAUGCGUCCUCCUGGGAGACCCUCUCUAUACAGUCAGGCAGACGCCCUGAAGUAUGUUGGGAUUGAGCGGGAGCUUGAACUCAUGUGAUUGGAUGUACAAUCUAAUGCUUUCCCUGCACUUCGCUCUUGAACUUUGUAAAUGAUGCCGUGUCCAGCGUUAGUAGGGAAAGCAGUUCCAGUUGGGUUCAGCCAGAGUGAUGGAAUCAGGUUUUUCUGUUUUUUUUUGUUUUGUUUUUUUUUUUUAAUCCCAUUGAAACUGGGUGGCAAUCUCCAAUUUCCAAUGGAAAUGACAUUCCCACUGGUAUCUAAAUAAUGUUAAGAACCCCCAAAAUACAUUUUUGGUUUAUCAAGGCACAAAAUUCAAUUUUAUAAUUUUCUUUUCUUUUUUUUAAAUGUAUUUAUUUAUUUUUAAUGAAAUAUCCUUAACUGUUGGAUACUUGAUAUCACUUUUUUUUUGAUUGCCACCACAGAUUUAAAUGUAGUGGCCAAAGGUUUUUCAUCACCUAGAAUUUUUAGGAUUAAGCAUUAAGAACAUGAGAAAGUUUACAAACGAGAGGAGGCCCCAUUCAGCCCAUCUUGCUCGUUUGGUUGUUAGUAGCUUAUUGAUCCCAGAAUCUCAUCAAGCAGCUUCUUGAAGGAUCCCAGGGUGUCAGUUUCAGAACAACAAAAAAAAAAAUGAUAUGAACAUAAUUUGACAUCUUUUAUUUAACAUCAUGUAAUCAAAGAAACUACAAAAUGAUGUCGCAAAAGUCUACCGGAAGCCAUAAUAGUAAUACAGUACAGUAUUUCAUGUUAGAUUUCAAUUUUCAGUUUUUCAUUGAGUCUAUGAAAAUCUACAAAGUGGUAUGAAAUUCAACAUGUUAACGUAACAUUAGUCAGCAGGUUUCAUUCGACUUUAUGAAGUAAAAUGAGUUCAUUCUAUAGCGUGAUGCAAAACCUUUAGCUACGGCUGUUCGCUCACUCAUUUCAGAUCAUUGUAUUACUUCAAUGUAAUGUAUGGAUGAGAACAAAAUCCUAAUUCCUAAUAAAUCACUCUAAAGGUUUAUUUUUAGGCAAAAUAAUCCACAAUCUUAAAAUACCUUCACAGGGUUAUGAAGCAGACUGUCGUAAAACAUUUUAGGGUUCAUUUAAAAGCAUACCUGAGUCUUUCAGUCUGGACCCAGCUGUACUAACCUAUAUCUGUAACCCAAACCGAUUAGCACUGCUUACAGCUGUUCAUCAGAGCUGUUAACACAAAGGUGUGUGUAGAUUUCUUUCCUGCGUCUCAAAGCUUGCAUUGGGGUUUAGAGUAAAUUAGAGUUCAGUAUUGAGUGCUUUGUGUCUUCAUAACCCCCUAUAUAUUGCCACUGCUUAUCUCAGUAAUAAAUAGUGCUACACAAAAGGGCUUUUAAUGGUACGAAAGUUACGUGUUGUUGUCUAGAGUAUGUUUGCGAAACCGCAGUAGAUUUCCUACAAGGAAGAGCAACCGUGUAUGAAAACCGACAAAAUGAAUGUGUGCUUUCUUUAAAGACUUGUCUACAUGCAGGGAGCAUGACAAGCAAUAAGAGCCCUCUGUCAACGCAUAGUGCCAUAGCAAACUGUGUAAUACUGAUCAUUGAAGCUUCAUUUAGCCACUAAGCAGGUAUUGAUGUUUUAGGGUUCCAGUCGUGUCACAAGUGGGAUUAAGUAGUUUGGUGGUCUUGACGUAGCCUUCGCUAGACAGUGUUCCCAAGACCACCGUUUUGGCAGAGUCUCACAAAGAAAGGCGGCUGUGUGGUCCAGUGGUUAAAGAAACAGGCUUGUAACCAGGAGGUCCCCGGUUCAAAUCCCACCUCAGCCACUGACUCAUUGUGUGACCCUGAGCAAGUCACUUAACCUCCUUGUGCUCCGUCUUUCGGGUGAGACGUAAUUGUAAGUGACUCUGCAGCUAAUGCAUAGUUCACACACCCUAGUCUCUGUAAGUCACAUUGGAUAAAGAAACAAAUAAUAAUAAUAAUAAUAAAGAAAGGGCUGGAUAAUGCCUGGUUUCCUCAGCCCGCAAUAGAGUGCCCCUUCCAGUCCACAGCUGGCUUACAGUGAUUGUAGCUAAACAAAAUAAUUCCGUAACCCUGUUGUGCUCUUCCAUCAACUAUAUAGGUCUGUUUGGAAAGAAGCGCAUAUUAUAGUAAACAUGUAUGUUUAUUUGAACCCUUUCGACCUCAUCUGGGGACAACGAAAAAUGUAUUUAUUUUUAAAAAUAUUUUAUGCAUGAAAAAAAAAAAAACUUGCCCUCGCUAUCCGGCACUACAUUUGUUGAAAGUUUGCAUGCCGUUCUUUCAUUGGUCACCUGGAGGGUGGAAUUGACCCCACCCCUUAAACGGCUGCUUUCCUGUUAUUAGCCAACCAGCUGCUUCCCCUGUUGACUGACAUGAUUUCAGCCAAUAGCAGUUAUUUUGUUGGCUAUGAUCAUCUCCAAGGCAUUUGGCGGAGCCUAUAUUUACCAUGCCUGUGCUUCCUUGCUAUAAGGCUAAAUAGAGAGGACUUUAGGGACCAGUACCGCCAGCCAAGCGUCCUUCAUGAUCACAUAAAUACAUCAUUAAAAGUAGCUUGUAAGAGUUCUUAAUGUUUCUUAAAUAUGUUACUGAAAACAUCAAUGUUAAUGAAUGCAAACUGACAUAACAGAAAAAAACAUGCUUAACGAUCCUUAUAUCCCGAUGAAACAGUAAUAUAAAGCGUGUUGUGUUGUGUUGUGUUGUGAGAUAUAUUUGGAAAUAUAUCAAGUCAUUUUUGCAAAAUGUAUUUUCCAUAUAAAGCUGCCAUUUAAGUUUGCCUUUAAGUUAAAGACAGCAAAUAUUUAUGAAAUAUUUUAAAUAUGAAAUGUAUAUAUUAUUUAAAGGUUUAUUAACAUGUCUGUCCUGAGUUACUGAAUAUUAUACAGUUUAAAGGUAAGCCAAACAGAGUUUUGUUGAAAUGAUUUAACCUAUUGGAUGGAACAAGGUAAAAAAAAAAAAAAAGCUUCACUUUAAUGUGUUGUACAUUUUAUUCACUGCCAUUAACCCAGUAAGUACCAAAUGAAUUGUUCUUUGAAAAAAAUCAGAACACAAGCUGUAUGUAUGCUGUCGGAUACAUUCUAAAUCAUUCUAAAAGUGUUCAGUCUUUUAGAAGUGUAAAAUUCCCAGAAUCCUAUUUGGAGGAAAGUCACGUUAGACACGCCUGUAAUCAGAGCAGUGAAAUUUCACGCCAGCUAGAAAGCACAACACACAAUAGAAAGUGGAGCUUGAUCAUCACUGUGGGGAGGAAAACGCCAAGAAAUCUAUCAUUUUUAGGCUUCAGUUUCUUCUAUUGAGGCAUCAUAAAAGCAUCUGAAGGGCUGUAUUUACAGAAUUACAUUAUACAUAUAUAAAAUAUAUUGCUAAACAAUACUUAUGUUUGAUUUACUUGCUACAUUUAUUCUUGGUAUACCUGCAACACACUUUUAUGAGUUUUUAAUUGAACCUGCAAGUCCGUUUAACAGUUUUUUUAAUUUAUUUUUUAACAAGUCAUGAAUCAUCAGUCUCACAUAAAGUGAACAAAUGUGAUGCCUCUGGUUUAUACAGCAUUCGCAGAUCACCGCAUGCUCUCUGAUAAAGCUCAAAACCCAAGGCCUGUUAGUACUGGUUUUACGAACAACCCAUGAAAUGGUACAACACAUGCCAGGUAAAAAUGUGCUUUUUGUUGAAGCCCAGCAUUCUGUUUAUAUGUUGGAAAGGCUUUAAUUUUAAAAAGAGUACAGAGCUGAUCCAAAGCUGAUGGGUUUUCAUACAAAUCAUCGUCCGUGCAUAAUAUUCAGACAAGUUAGUUAUAGUAACGCAAACGAAGCCUAGCCUUAUUGUCCAAAGAGACUCUAAAGAAAGAACGUGGUUCUGUACAGCUGGCUUGGUGUUCUGUAGCUCAUGAAACACUGUAAAGUAACUCUCUCAAGCCCCUUCCACUCAGACAGAGGCACAAUUCAAAAGGUUCACUCUCCACACACACAAUGUGCAAAUCCAGCAGGACGUUAUCAGUGUUUGCAAUGUAAUGUGGGUCACUGUAACUUAUUUGUAAAAUUCCUGUAUUCAUUAAAAGGAAAGCAUUCAA